GGCUCCACAUGACGUCACCCGCUGCUCUGCGCUCCAGCAGAAACGCGCAAAGAUGCUCUGAAAGCAAGACUGCAGCAUCUCCGAGUCAGAGCCUACCAAAACACCGCAUCUCCUUCAAGCGCUCGUCCGGCGCUUCAACGCAAACGGGUUUGCCCACCUGCAUGCGGGAUCCGCUGUGUUUUUUCUUUCGCCUCUUGUACAUUUCCCGUUGCUAUUUAUUAUCCGAGCGCAUCUUCCCAGUUUUUAGCAGUGAAUCUUUUGAGUUCUGCUGACCGCUGAGGUCAUAUAUUGUUUUCAGCAGGAGAGCGCCAUCGCAGAGCCACGAGUGAGGACGUUUCCCCACAUCACUUGUUAUUAAUAUCAGUACAGCCUGAGCAUAAUCGAGCCACUGGAUAUCGAUGCGUCUUUCAUUCUGCAUCUAGGCUGCUACGGAGGAUCGACGCGCCCCAAACAUUCAUAUCAUCGUGGUUUCACAUUUAGAAACAACCGUAUCUGCGUAUCGCGUCUAGGGGAGACGAGACCGAGCCUAAAGCUUCUUUAUAAAAAAUGAUGGCCGGUGGGGCAGUGCAGCAAAACGGGAUUUUCUCCAAUCCGCAUCAUCACAAUCAACAGCCGCACAUGGAGUCUGAUCCCCCCGAUUCGCGCAAAAGACCCCUGGAGACCCCGACGGAGGCCAGCAGCACCAAACGCACAAACACAGGAGAGAGAUGCAACCAAGCGGCCAUCCAUGAUCCACCAUUUUCAUCAGAUUUUGUCGGAUUUCACGAGGAAGGCGAAUAUUUCUUAAAGGUGCUGAUUCCAAGCUACGCCGCAGGCUCCAUUAUUGGCAAGGGUGGUCAGACUAUUGUCCAGCUACAGAAAGAGACAGGGGCCACCAUCAAACUGUCCAAAUCCAAAGACUUCUACCCGGGAACAACAGAGCGUGUCUGCUUGAUCCAGGGGACUGUAGAGGCACUGAACAGCGUUCAUGACUUCAUCGCGGAGAAGGUGCGGGAGAUGCCGCAGAGCGCUCAGAAAACAGAGCCAGUUAGCAUACUUCAGCCACAGACCACCGUCAACCCUGACCGUGUCAAACAGGCCAAGCUCAUAGUGCCCAACAGCACGGCAGGGCUAAUCAUCGGCAAGGGUGGAGCCACGGUGAAGGCAGUCAUGGAGCAGUCCGGCGCCUGGGUCCAGCUCUCACAGAAACCCGAAGGAAUCAACCUGCAGGAGCGUGUCGUCACCAUCAGUGGGGAGCCCGAGCAGAACCGCAAGGCGGUGGAGAUCAUCGUGCAGAAGAUCCAGGAGGACCCACAGAGCAGCAGCUGUCUGAACAUCAGCUACUCCAACAUCUCCGGUCCCGUGGCCAACUCCAACCCCACCGGUUCCCCAUACGCCAACUCAGCGGAGGUGAUGCCGGCUGCUGCCGCCGCGGCGGCGGCCACGGCCUCCAGUCUCCUGGGGCAAGCCAGCCUGGCUGGAGUGGGUGCUUUCCCCACCACCAUGUCCAGCUUCUCAGGGAACGACCUGCUGGCUAUCACGUCUGCGCUGAACACGUUAGCCAGCUACGGAUACAAUACCAACUCCCUGGGCCUAGGGCUCAACCCUGCGGCUGCCUCAGGAGUCCUCGCCGCGGUGGCCGCAAGCGCUAACCCCGCCGCAGCCGCGGCUGCCAACCUGCUAGCCUCCUACGCCAACGACGCAUCCACCAGCUCCGGCCACCCGGCGACCAGCCUUGGAGGCUUCACGCUAGGCUCGCUCGCCGCUGCCACCGGAGCCACCAAUGGCUACCUGAGCGCCGCUUCCCCGCUGGUGGCGAGCUCCCUCCUGGCCACCGAGAAGCUAACUGAGGGGGCCAAAGAUGUGGUGGAGAUUGCUGUUCCGGAGAACUUGGUGGGCGCCAUUUUGGGCAAGGGAGGCAAAACGCUUGUGGAGUACCAAGAACUGACGGGAGCCCGCAUUCAGAUCUCCAAAAAGGGAGAGUUUGUUCCUGGCACCAGAAACCGUAAAGUUACCAUUACCGGAUCGCCAGCCGCCACACAGGCAGCCCAAUAUCUUAUCAGCCAGCGAAUCACAUACGAGCAGGGUGUGAGGGCCACCAAUCCGCAGAAGGUGGGCUAAAAACAGGGAGUAUGAAAAAAGGAGAGAAAAAGAGUGGGGGAUGGGGAAGAUACAGAGAAAGAUGGAGGGCGCGAAUAUCGACGAAAAUCAGCCACAUUCUUUGUGGGGAAAAAUCUCAGUAUUAAAAAAAAGAAAACGGAAAAAAAUUCCUCUCAAAGUGGAAAAUUUGAAAAAGAAAAAUGUGUAAAAUGUAAAUAUGGGUUUAAUCCUUAAGUUCGGGAUUUUUAUUGUUUUUUUUUCUUUUGUUUUAUUGUUUUUGUUUUUUUAUUUGUGCAUUUUUCUGGACAGCAGUGAAUGGCAUUUCAACCUGGCAUGCUGCCGCGCUGCAGUUCCCAGCAGGUGGGCAAGGUGGUCGGAUGGGGGACAAUGGGGUGGAGCAAUCCCAGGAAUCGGCCCUUUCCCCACCCCCAUCCCCUCCUAGCUGACAAGAUUUUUGUUUUUUAAUUUUUUAGUCCUUAGUUUAACUCCCAUGCCUUCUCUUUAAGAGGGCCUGAGACUGAUUAUAUAUAUAUAUAUAUCCCCCCCAGUCUGUGAUACCCCAUACCCCACCCCAGCCCCCCUCGCCCCAGCCCUCCCAAUCCCAGCCGGCCCGACCCUGCCCUGCGCAGGGCAGGAUAGGGCAGGGGAUGCGAGGCUGCUGCAGGGUCUCUCAGCGCCACUAGACAUUGACCUGUGGUUCCAGUCGGACCAGGUGCAUGCCACUACAGAUGUUGUUAGCAUAAGGGAAGCUUGUAGAUCAUGUUGCGGACAUAGGCCAGGACGCAAAACGCACCUGAAUCUUUCGUACCAGAGCUCCUAGAAAUUGUGUGGCAUUUCUCUAUGGGAUUCGAGGUCUGGUGUUUAUACAAAUACUAUUAUUAUCAUUAUUAUUAUUACUACUACUAUUAUUAUUAUUAUUAUUACAAAUUAUCAUCACCAUCAACGUUAUUUAUUAAUAUGAUUUCACCCAUAAGGACUGAGGUAUUUCCUUUUUGUUUUUCUUAAUCUGUGAAUUCAGGUUGACAUGAAUGUAAAGACAAUAUUUUGGAUUUAGUUUUUUAUUUAAGUAGAUUGAAUCGUGUGUCCAUGUAAUAUAUGUCUUAUUUAACGUCCAGUGAUAACUGCACCGUCGGCACCAACAAAGAGAAUAGGGGCAGAUGUACUGUACAGUGAUAUUAAUACAAAACACACACACACACACACACCCUCAGCAAACUAUUACCAGAUUUAAAUGCUGAAAAUGCAACUAAACAUACGCAGACUUGAAAUCACAGUGGGACUAGACAAUUUAUUCA